CGAUGUUGAACGCUGUAAACGUUACCUUUUUCACGUUUUCCGUUUUUCCUUUCAGCUUGAUUGGUGAUUAAAAAAAAAAAACACGUGCGUUUUUUUUAAUUACCAUCAGGUAAUUCUGCAGAAGGUCCUUUUUAAGAAGAAGAUGUCAGUUUUCUCCGAAUCGGCUCUGGAGAAAAAAUUGGCCGAACUUAGCAACUCGCAGCAGAGUGUCCAGACCCUGUCUCUAUGGUUAAUCCACCACAGAAAACACUCAAAAACCAUCGUGAAAGUCUGGUACAACGAGCUGAAAAAAGCCCAGGUAUCUCGUAAACUGACCUUCCUUUAUCUUGCAAACGAUGUCAUUCAGAAUAGCAAAAGAAAAGGGCCAGAGUUCACACUGGACUUCGCCCCGGUUAUUGUCGACGCCUUUAAACACGUCUCCAGUGAAGGAGAAGAGGGCGGAAAGAAACACCUGGAGCGGGUUUUGUCUAUUUGGCAGGAAAGAGCUGUUUAUGAGAUUGACCUCCUGGACAAACUCUCGGUAGUGCUACAUGGUGAAAAGAAGGCCAAGAAAAGACCUUAUGAGGAGAUUAAAGCGAAAGAUAUUGACUUUGCCUCUCAGAGUUCUCCAGCAAAGCCGCCACAGACAGCGGAUUUGAUCCGGGCACUGCAGGAGUUGGAGAACGCAGCCUCAAGUGACUCCGCACUACGACAGAGGAUCACCGCUUUACCUCCAGAGGUGCAGGACUCGUCCCUGCUGCACAGAAUCACAGAUAAGGAGUCAGGAGAACGCUUAUCCAGACUGGUAGAGGAGGCCUGCAUGCUGCUAGCAGAUUACAGUGGUCGCCUGGCAGCUGAGAUCGACGAUCGACGACAGCUCACACGGCUGCUUGCACUUUUUCUGCAGAGCCAGAGGGAUGGCCUGGCCAAGAAUGAGCAGAAACUAGAAGAGUAUAAGCACAAGCUGGCACGAGUCACCCAGGUGCGGAAGGAGCUCCGAUCACGCCUCAACAACCUCCCAGAUCUUUCACGGCUUCCUAACGUAACGGGUGGCCAUGUACGCCUGCCCUCCUCUGGUGAUCUCUAUAGCCCUUCUGACUGUAUGGGCAAUGGAGAGAACAACAGUAAGCACUGUCAUGACAGUAGUCAUGCUUAUGAGGACCGGGAACUGGAGAAAAAACUGGCCAGAAAACGUCUCUACAUUGUCUCAGCUGUUUGUCUGGUCUUCAUGGUGGGAGAAAUCUUGGGUGGGUAUUUUGCUGGCAGUCUGGCAGUGAUGACUGAUGCUGCCCACCUACUGGUGGAUUUCACUAGUUUCAUUAUUAGCCUGUGCUCUUUGUGGCUCUCAUCCAGACCUGCUACACACACACUCAACUAUGGCUGGCAUCGUGCAGAGAUCCUUGGUGCUCUCUUGUCUGUCUUCACAAUCUGGUUGGUGACUGGCGUGUUAGUGUACCUGGCAGUGGAACGCCUCAUCAGUGAUGAUUUCGAGAUUGAGGGCACUGUAAUGCUCAUCACCUCCGGCUGUGCUGUCUUAGCCAACAUCAUAAUGGCGUUCACCUUGUACCAGUCAGGUCAUGGUCACAGUCACGGUGGACUUGGGACUCACGGUCAUGGCCACAGCCACGGAAAGAAGAAAAAUCAUAGCCAUGGUGCUAAUUACCACAGUCUUGAAAACCAAGGGCACAUGAAGAAGACACAAGAAAAUGCCAGUGUAAGAGCUGCCUUUGUGCAUGUGAUUGGAGAUCUUUUGCAGAGCGUCAGUGUCCUCGUGAGUGCACUCAUCAUCUUCUUCAGGCCAGAGUACAAGAUUGCAGAUCCUAUCUGCACCUUCCUGUUCUCUCUGUUUGUCCUGGGCACCACAAUCACCGUCAUGAGGGACAUUCUGGUAGUAUUAAUGGAAGGCACACCGGCAGGUAUGGACUACAGGGAGGUGAGAGAAAGGCUGCUGUCUAUCAAGGGUGUGAAAGCUGUGCACAACCUCCACAUCUGGGCUCUGACCAUGAACCAGGCUGUUCUUUCUGCUCAUGUGGCUAUAGAUGACACUGCAGAGCCUCAGGUGGUACUCAAAGAGAUGACUCGGUACUGCUUCACCGCAUACAGCUUCCACUCUGUCACCAUCCAGCUAGAGCAGCAAUCAGACCAGAGACCAGACUGCAGCCUCUGUCAGGAUCCCAAACACUGAAGCCUCCAAAAGCCACACAACAACCCCACAACCCCACUAAGCAGAGCACAACAUUAAUAUUAAUGUCAAGGACCUGAGUUUAAGUCUUACUGUAAUACAGUAUUUCUUUGAGUACCACUCAGUCAUGGAGCUCUCUGUUGUUUUAACACUGGCAAGAGGAUUCAUGUGAAGUCACAUGGGCUUGUAAGAGGAACUAGAAAUGUGAAUUCUACUAACGGUUUCUGUGUAUUUUUAUUUGUACCGCACUGCAUAGCUCAGUUUACUAUGUGUAAUAGUGAGUUUAUAUAUGUUGUCAUUAUAUAUAACGAGGUUAAAUAUGUUAUCACUAGAACAGAAAAUUAGUAUAAAUCAGUAUAUUAGUAUAAUUGAUCAGUUUCAAGGCAUUUUACUCAGAUGAUUUUUGACAAAUGAUUUUUGCUCAUGUGAAAGUAUCUUUAUAUGCAUCUUUCUAUUUACCAAACACUUCUAUGCUUUGUGUUGAUUAUUCACUGACAAUUAAAGAGAGCUGAAGUUGUACAUAA